UUGUGGUUAGACUUGCCUUUGGAGUGGGGUUUGGGGCUGAGCCUGGGGUAGGGUUAGGGUCGGCCUUAGUUCUGAGGGGCUCGUGGUUGGCUGCAGGCAUGAUGCUGGAGCUGGGGCUGAGGUUUGCAUAGGGUUGCAGUUGGUUUGGGUUUGGUUUAGGGCUGGACAGCAUGCUGCGGAACACCUGGGACUGUGCGAGCAGCUAGGGAGCUCUCCCCAGGGUGGAGGGGCAAGAGGAGCGCUGGCAGGGAGUCAAAGACGCCUGGUUGCCUCUGCCCACAUGUAGCCCCAGGCACCUCAGAUGUCAGCGUGUGCACUGAAGAAAAGCAUCGAGGUAGCAAAAUAUUUAAGCCUUGUUGGUUUUCUUUCUGAAAGUAUAGCAGUUCAUACAUGCGUAUGUACAAAUACAGUUUUUCUUUCUUUGAGAAUGGCUGACUUUACAUUUGCAGAAAUGGAAAGUCAUUCUUGGUUAGGAGAUUGUUGAAGUAGUGGUGGCCAAUUUCUCGCUUAGUGACAAUUUCAGCAUGAAGAAGUACAUGAUUCAACCUAGAACUGUGUACUGAAGCCUUUGAUAUAACUUUUCCAAUUUAGAUAAGAAAAUGGAGAAAAGUCUCAGGCUUAUUGCUGCUUUGACAAAAAGUACUUAUGCAGGUACACAGAAAAUGAUUUUGUGUAAAUGUAUGUAUACAAAUAACUUACAUUUUGUGAAAAUAGGUAUUAGAAUUCAAGUUACCUUAAGCACACCACUGUAAUAUAGCACAUUAUGUGCACGGUAUUUUACAAGUAAUUAAUAAAAAUGUAUUUUUAUUUCCUUUUUUCUGCAGCUUCUUUUGCGAGGAACUUAUACUAAAGGAAGGGGAAAACACAAAAGAAAACUGGGGCAUAGUUUUCUGUUUGUGAGAUCUGAAAAAUGUAGAUUUCACUUUCUUUUAUUAUUUUUUAAAAAAGGUUUUAAGAAAAAGUAUAAGACUAAAAAUGACAUCUAAAGAUCAUAUAGUCCUUUUAUGGCCUUAGGGAAAUGAAGGGUAGCUAUAUCUAAAGGCAUAUGAGUACAGGUUGGACUCUAUGAUCUCAGAGGCCUUUUCCAACCUAAUUGAUUCUGUGUGAAUAUUGCAAUGGCAAAUACUGCAACAAUAAGUACUGCAUGAGUCUGUCACCUAAGUGGAAGUUCGGGAAAACUGAAGUUCAGAAGAGCGGAGCUGAUGAGGUAGGGACUGUGCAGUGUUAUCCCAAGCUACUUGUUUGCUUUUUACCUCAAAGGAACUGAACAUUGUGACCUAGUGAAGUAUGGAGUUACCGUAACCAUUACAGUUCUGUGCUUACUUGGUUUGAGAAUUCUACCCCUGGAAAACAAAAAAGAAGAAAGAAGAAUCAAGAUCUGUGAUGGCUUCUGCAGAAUAUCAUUCCAAGAAAGUUGUUAAUGAAGAUACAGAUGAGAGUAACGAUGAUGUGGACAGUGUGUGUAGUGACAGUGAGAAAAUGGGCUUCAUUGCAACAAAGGAAGACGAAGACAGAGAGAGUACAAUUGACAUUGAUGAAGAGGAUAAGAUCAGUGACAAAGUGGAAGCAGCUGUUUUGCGGAUGCUUAAAAAAGAGGUAGAUAGAGAAAAAGAAGUCAACAACAUAGAUUACAGUAGCAUUGAAGAAGAGAAACAGGAAGCAUCACAAACUGAAGAUGAAGAUUUCAGAGUUGUCCAGCAUGAACAUGAUUCCCAAAGCCUUGGAAUGAGAAAAUGUCGUGAAUUUCUGAAGAAGUUGAGGAUACACGUUUGGGCAUCCCUAUCAAAGGCUCAGUAUGUCAGUCUGUUAAAAGACUUUGUUGAGUCUGAAUUCUUUGUAAUAGAUGGGGAUUCCUUACUACUUAUGUUUAUAGAUAAGAAAACACAAUAUCUAAACUUCUUCUACCAAAUUGAAUGCUUUCUGCAUGAUUUCGCUGAAAAAGGAGCAAGAUACGUCAUUACUUUCUUCAAGGAUGCAGAGCAGAUGUUCUUUCAGUAUCCUCAUUUUCUUUUCUUACGUACUGCAUUAAUAGAACACCUGAGGCAUAAUACAAGCAUAACUGUUCAUACAGAAUUUUCCAAUUGUUUAUCAUCCAAAUGGGAGAUUUUCCUGAAGCAAAGCUAUCCUUACUUCAUCAUCGUAUCUGACACAGGACUGAGCUCUCGCCAAACAGACUUUUUAUCUGUUUUAAUUGCUCAUUCAUUGUCAAAGAAAAUCAAUGUUGUGCUUGCUUCAGGACAGGAGUAUGAUCUUCUUAGAGUUUAUGGAUAUCACGUUCAGAGUGUAUAUAAACACAGAUCAUUUUUUCAAAUGUAUGAACAAGAUCUGCGAUGUGCCUGUGAAAACCUAGUCAGGCACAAAGAACCGUUGAUCCAUCUAUAUGAACAUCUCAAGCUGAACCUGAAAAGCAUACAAAAAGAGGUUUGCCAGGCUAUCCGUUUGUUGAAACAACUGUGGCCUGAAGGAUCUGAUAUUCGCCGUGUGGUCUGUGUUCUUGCUUGUGCUGUGGGAUUAAAAAUAUACAGCAGCGUGCUGGGAAAUGCAAAUACUCCUAUGGGAGCAAACGGAAUGCAAUCAGCAAGAAGAAGAAGUAAACACCUAUCUCCUGAAGAAGCAGCUGACCUGUGCAGAAUGCAAUGUCUCACAGUGACUUUUCUUCUUCAUAUGCCUCUUUCACAGAGAGCUCAGAUUAGGGACAUGGAAUCCUGCUGGACGAAGCAAGUUUUACCACUGUUAAAAAUGCAACAGUUGUGUAUGCAUUUUGCUCUGGUACAGCUAUGUGAUACAAACGAUUGGAAAUUGGAUUUAACUUACCUGCCUGAUUUAAAUGAUGAUUCGCUGCUCAUAAAUCUUGCACAUUACUAUGAGGUCGAAUACACUAAAGGAUUAGAGUUCCAAAAGGAUUUGGGGAAAGAAAUGGAGAAUGACUACCAAUUUUUAUGGGACGCUGUAAAAAAAUUGGCAGUGAAAUACAGUUUUGGAGAUGCUUUCCCAAUACGAAAAACAUCCCAAGUAUUUCUUGAACAGGAGCAGACAUUAUUUAGAGUCUGUGAAGAAGAAAUUCCUAACAUUGGACUAAUCCCAGUGAAAUCUGAUCUUGUUCAAGAUUAUGUUGGAGAUGUUUUGAAAGACCUACCUGUUUUAAAAAGCAAUGACCCUGCAAUUACUUCACUUAUUAAAUACAAGGAAUUCGAUGAACGUCAUCACUGGCAUUCUGAUAGACCUUUGACUGAGGAAUAUGAGCGAGUGCCAUGCAAUGCUGAUGCAAAAUCCAAAAGUCCAAAAGAAAGAAGAGAAAUACAGAAGUUACAGACUUUUCGUCACUUUUAUGGAAGCACUCUGGAAGACAGCCCUUCAAAACAUAUUGUAUAUCAAGAGCAUGUGUCAGAGGAUGCUAAUUCUGCUGUCAAAAAGGCACAAAAGAAGCACAAAAGUAAAGUGGAAAUAAUUACAGAGGAAAACAACAGGCGACUAAAAGCUAAGGAAGAAGAUAAAGAACAGAAGCAAUGGCAAGCCUUAUAUAUGACAACUGUAAAGGAAAUAAAAGAAAACCAGACUGUUGGAAUAAAUAAAUUGGAGAAGUUUCUCAAGACCUUUAAAAGUAAAUCUGUGAAGUUCAGCAUAGAAAUGACAGCACUGUCUGCCUGUUUACAAGUGUGGAAGAAACACUGCAAAGAGCAAGGAAACACAUCUAAAGAUUUAAGCAAAGCUGUUCAAGUCAUGAGGAGAAUUCAUAUCCUUCUUGAAAAAUAUCAAGAUCUCUUGGAGGAACCACAUCUACGAAAGCUGACCAAAUAUCUAAAACUCCUUGGAUUUGAGAAUUUGGCAUGCUCCCUGUCUGGCCAGACAGGAGAAAGCAGUAAUCAGAAUACAAGCAAAUAUGCUAUUGAAGUGGGUUCAGCUCGCUUUCAGCUACAGUACAUGGACUAUUACUUGCUCAGAGAAGAGAGAAAUGAUCCAGAUCCCCGAGUGCAACAUUUCAUACCAGACACAUGGCAGCGAGAACUUCUUGAUGCUGUAGAUAAUAAUGAAUCCGCGGUGAUUGUUGCUCCCACUUCCUCAGGAAAAACAUAUGCAUCAUACUAUUGCAUGGAAAAAGUUCUGAAAACAAGCAAUGAAGGAGUAGUUGUGUAUGUUGCUCCUACAAAAGCCCUUGUAAACCAAGUGGUAGGAACUGUAUACAGUCGAUUCACCAAGAAACUUCCAGAUGGAUUGGCAGUGUGUGGAGUCUUUACACGAGAUUAUCGCCAUGAUGUCAUGAAUUCUCAGAUACUAGUGACAGUGCCUCAAUGCUUAGAAAUUUUGAUGCUGUCUCCUCGUUGCCAGAAAUGGACCCAACGAAUACAGUAUGUUAUAUUCGAUGAGGUACAUUGUCUUGGUGGUGAAAUUGGAGCAGAGAUUUGGGAACAUCUUCUGAUAACAAUUCGAUGUCCAUUUUUGGCACUCUCUGCUACUGUUAGUAACCCGGAACACCUAACUGAGUGGUUACAAUCUGUGAAAAGGUAUUGGCAAUGUGCUGAGAAUAAAAUAGAAGGAAGCUCUACAAACUCUGAAAAGAACUUUACAAGACAAUGUAAAGUGAAAUCUAAAGUACAAGAACAAAAGAAAUCAUAUCGUGUUAGACUAGUCUUGUAUGAAGAAAGAUACAAUGAUUUGGAAAAGUACGUGUGUUCUCUGAAGGGUAGCGAUUUUACCAUUGAACACUGUCAUCCAUGUGCUGCAUUAACAGUCAAUCAUAUUGAGAACUAUGGUAUUCCUUCAGAUCUUUCUCUGUCUCCACGAGAGAGCAUCCAGCUUUAUGACACAAUGGCAAAAGUCUGGCAAGACUGGCCAAGGGCACAGGAGCUAGAUCCUGAGGAGUUUGUCUCUUUCAAGAAUAAAGUAGUAAUAAAAAAGGCAGAUGCAAGAAAAUAUGAACAGGAACUGAAGAAAGAACUAAGAGAAUGGAUUGUGCUUGGCCAAAGGCAGAAGGUGAAUGAACUACUGGAGCACCUUAAGCCAAAAUCUGUGGAUUGCUCAGAACAGCAGAAGUGGGAACAUUUUGCAAACUUUGUUGAUAAAUUACAUGAGAUGGAUAAGUUGCCUGCCAUAUUUUUUAUAUUUAACAUCCAUUCAGUCGAAUGUGCAGCCAUGACUGUAUUCUCUAAAUUGCUGGAAAAACAAAAAAGUAUACAAGGUCCAGAUCCUGAGAGGGAAGAAGAGCAUUUAAGGGAAAAACUAAGAAAAGUGACCAAAAUGCUAACAAAAUUCCCUGAGGAUACCAAAAAGUUGAGCCCUCAUAAAAUGAAAAGCAUGGAACUUCUUUCAACUAAAAAAACCAACCUGGAAAUAAGGCUUAAAAUGCUAACUACUAUCCCUUCUGUGUGUACUUACGCUGACCAUAAAGCAGUGGAUGAAGAUACUUUGAGGAAGAUUUUUCAUCGUCUUAGGUUUGAGAGAAGAGGUUAUCUGCAGCAAAAGAUGGCACUGAGGGGAAUUGGGUAUCAUCAUGGAUCUAUGUCCGCUAAGCAAAGACAAGUAGUGGAGAUGCUUUUCAGGCUGGGAUACGUGAAGGUAGUCACAGCUACUUCAUCUCUUGCUCUGGGAAUCAACAUGCCAUGUAAAUCUGUUGUCUUUGCUGAAGAUUCUGUCUUUUUAGAUGCCUUAAAUUACAGACAGAUGUCAGGGCGUGCUGGAAGACGGGGACAAGAUAUGAUUGGAAAUGUGUUCUUCUAUGACAUCCCACUGCCCAAAGUUGAAAGACUUAUCAAAUCCAAUGUACCUCAGUUGAAAGGCAAAUUUCCUCUGACUAUUUCCUUAAUAUUGAGACUCAUGCUGUUGGCUGCAAAGGCUGAUGACAAAGCAGAUGCUAGAGCAAAGGCUUUGUCAGUGUUGAAGCAUUCACUGAUGUCAUUCAGAAAAGAAAGAUAUGCUGAAAUAUUAAAAAUUUAUUUUGUGUUUUCCUUGCAAUUUCUUAUCAAAGAGGGCUACUUGGAUCAAGAAUGUAACCCCAUAGGAUUUGCUGGACUUGUGACACACUUGUACUAUCAUGAACCUUCAAAUUUCGUUUUAGUGAGCUUUCUUGUGAAAGGUUUAUUGCACAAAUUGUGCCAGCCAAUUAAAGACUCAACUGUUUUUUCAGAAGAUGUCAUGGAAAAGCUAGUUCUCAUUCUAGCAAACUUAUUUGGAAGAAAGUAUCUUCCAGCCUGCUCAAUGAAAUACAAACGCCAGUUUUCCCAGUCAAAGGUCUUCCUAGAAGAUCUACCAGAAGACUUUGCAGAUGCUUUAAAUGAAUACAACACCAAAGUACAGGAAAAUUUUGCUCAUUUUCUUCUGACAACUGCCAAGCUGGCUGAUAUGGAACAAGAAUACAAACUUCCACUGUCAAAGACAGACUUUACAUCUCAGAAUUGGCACGGCUCUGAACUAGCAUCUUAUUUGAUGGACAACACCAAAAGCAUAUCUGCCAUCUCACCUUUUGCAUGUUUAUCUGGAGUGGUUGAUAAUGAUCUAUUUCAUGAGAACAUCAUUAAUAAAGCUGUCUUACGUUCUCUUGGAGUUAAUGUCACAAACUGCCCCCUGCUUUAUUUGAACAAGUAUGAUAAUCAGGGAAGGAGGAGGCCACUCAAUGCAUAUGCACUGGACUUUUAUAAGCACGGUUCCUUGACUGCAUUGACAACUGAUAACUGGUUAAAUGAAGGAGAUGCUUACUACGCCCUCAAAGAUUUUUCACUCCUCAUUAAGUCUGUUGGGUAUGAUGAACUUGUGCUUUUUAGAAUACAAUAUAUAUUUCAUUUUAAAAGCAACUUAAAAUGUAACAAUGAUCUUUUUUUUUUUUUUAAACCAGAACAAGUCUGAGUGAACUAUGUGAUGAUCCAAAUGAUAAUGUUCUACUGGCAUUUAAACAACUGGGCGAAAAAUAUGAAGAGAAACUGAAGCGUAUUAUUUAAAAAAAACCAAACCCAAAACAGCAGAUAUUCUUACCAAAGAUAGCAGCCUUUAGGUUAGAAAAUUACUAGAUCUGAGUUACCAAGUAAAAUUUCAGAAUAAAGCUUUAGUUAAUAAUCAGUACUAGUAAUAAAAAGUUUACUUUAGGAAGCUAACCUUUACCAAUUGACAUUUUAGCAGCUCUAAUGUCAAUUAAAUAAUAUUUUUAAUAAAUUACAAAACUAAGUAAUUGUACAUUAUCUUUCAGUUGCACUUUUUUUCAGGCAGUGGCAUAUGUGUUAAGAUAGCUCUCAGAUAUGUACUGAACAAAUGUCACAGUUCUGACAGCUGGUGAGAUUAGCCUCUCAGUAGGACAGUAUUAGAAACUUUCAGCUCCUUUGUGAAGGAUGUUCAGCAAUUAUAAAAGAAAUUGUUCUGUUUUCCAAGGUUUCUAUUAAAUCAUGAAUAGUACUAUCUUCAUGAACCAUUAUAAAACCUUUUAAACUGGUCUGCAGUUUUAGUUUACAAAAUUUUAAACAGAUAGAGGGUUUUAUAAGAGAACACGGAAUUUUGAUUAAUAAAAAGUUCCAACCACAUUGCUUCAUUUUUCACCUCUUUAAGAGUCAGAAAGAUCCAGGACACUUAUGGCAUACUUGUCGCUGGAACAGAGAUUUCUCUGAACAAUUUUUCCUGCACUCUGUAGGCCUUGCUUGCCAUGGAAGUGACAAGCGUGUAUUGUUUAUACUUAUAGACUGUGUGAAAAUAUGUGAUGUUUAUACUUGUUAGCUGUGUGCCUAAUUAUAAGGUUUGAGAACAUAAUAUGUUUAUAGUAAGAAAACCUUGAGAACCUAGAAAUCUAGUACACCUGCAGAUCUAGGAAAAACCCCUAAAAGCAGAUUAGAAAGAGGUUUCUAUGCCAAGAAUGAUUUCAGGUCGCAUGGACAGAGCCUCAGAUCCAAUAAACUGAGAGCAUGAGACGCGUGCACAAACUGAGCUAUCCAAUCAUCAUGUUGUGAGCAUGUACCCUGAGCAAACUAAACUGUAUAAAAGUUAACUGAUUUAAAUAAUAAAUUGGACAUUGCUUUGAUCACAUUGGUCGUGUUGCUAUGUCUCUGAGCCUCCCCAUCGAUACAUACUCGUCAAGAAAUCUGUGUAAUACAAAUCACUGAGUUUAGUAAAAUAUGUGUUCUAACUAA